CUCUGCGGGAGCUGCGGGUCUCGGGGCUGCUCGCAGUGCGCUGCGCGGCCGCGGGGGGUUCGGCGGCGUCCGGGAGCCUGUGCCCUGCCCCAGAGACUGCGGGGAGGAGAGGCAGCAUCAGGGGUGUGCGAUGGGACGGGAUGGGAUGAGAUGGGAUGGGAUCCGCGGAAUGCAGCGGGCAGAGGCGGCUCCCCUUGUCUGGCCGUGCCUCUGGAGCGAAGUGAAGGCAUAAAACCUGGGCUGAGCCCUUGGCUGUGAGGAUUCACUGGCAUCCCCGAGCCUGACGCUUGGACCUUCCAGAGAGGAGAUUUUCCCAUGUUCCUGUCCCUCUCUCCCUGACCCUGUGAAUGGAGGCUUCCCUGUAGAUCCAGCCUUUGCUCUGCAGUUCCCCAGGAUGGGUUCCUUCCGACGGCCUCGACCUCGGUUCAUGAGCUCCCCUGUGCUCAGUGACCUUCCCCGUUUCCAGGCAGCCCGGCAGGCCCUGCAGCUCAGCUCCAACUCUGCCUGGCACCGUGUUCAAACAGCAGUGAUAAAUGUCUUCAAAGGAGGAGGCUUGCAGAAAAAUGAACUUUACACCCUGAAUGAAAAUAUCAGAUGGCUGCUGAAGAGUGAGCUUGGAUCCUUCAUCACAGAUUACUUCCAGGCUCUUUUUGCUGAAAUCUUGACAAAUAUGCCAAUGGAAAAAAAUUUUCUCUGGUAUUGCAGUGGCACCCAGCCUCAAAGGAUCUCAGAGCUCACCUUGUAUGAGAACCAGCUUCUUGCGAAGGGCUUGCUGUUUAUAGAGGAGAAGGUUAAGCUGUGUGAAGGUGAGGAUCGCAUUGAUGUCCUAUCUGAAAUCUGGGAUCACUAUUUUACAGAAACUCUUCCUACUCUCCAGGCAAUAUUCUACCCUGUCCAGGGUCAGGAGUUGACUAUUCGUCAGAUUGCUCUUCUUGGCUUCAGAGACUUGGUCUUGCUAAAAGUCAAGCUGGAAGAAAUUCUUCCUCUGGUUCAGACAAAGCUUCCAGCUUCCAUUGUGCAGAUGCUGUUAAUUCUGCAGAGUGUCCAUGAGCCUACUGGCCCCAGUGAGAGCUACCUACAACUAGAGGAACUGGUCAAGCAGGUGGUAUCACCUUACUUGGGGUUGUGUGAGGAUCACAGCUUCUCUGGUAGCACCUGUAUGCUUGAGAGACAGUUCCCCAGGUCCCGUGGCAGGGCUGGGGUGCAGAACCAUCCAUCCCGUGUGGUGCUGAGCAGGCAGCCCAGUGAGAUGGCCCUGAGCCCCCUGACAGAGCAGGAGGGGGAGGCUUACCUGGAGAAAUGCGGCAGCGUCCGCCGCCACACCGUUGCCAACGCUCACUCGGAUCUGCAGCUCCUGGCCAUGGCCUCCAUGCUGCACACAGGGAUGGUGACUGAGGAGGCAGACAGCCCCGAGAAGUGCCUCCUUCUUCAGCCCAGCUUCAGCCCCAGGCACUGCUCCAGUGAGCCCAGCAUCGCUGAGGGACCCGAGGCAACAGGGAGACAGGAGCCUGCGGAGCUCAGCUGCACGCCAGCCAGCUAGGAGGGGGACUGAGGAGACACCUCUGUGCUCCAGGCUGGGCAAAGGGUCCUGCCAUCCCUGCUGGGAAAAAAAAAAAAAAAAGGAAGAAAGAAAAAACUGACUUUUGCUCAUGUUGUUGAAAUGACAUUCCUCGAGGAAUCUUGUGUCUCUUUGGGAAUGUUCCUGAGAUUUGUUUGGCUUGCCUGUCUAGCAUCAUUGUUGAUGGAGGUACCAAUCUGCCCCCAGAUGAGCACUGAGGGCUGCAAAGGUUUUGUUGUUGAACAGCACAGUCUGCCUUCUGUAAAGCUUUCUUCCUC